CGAAGAUGCCCUGCACGAUGCUGAAGGGGUUGUUGAGCCAGUCGGCCACGCACGGCAUGGCGGGAGCGAAGCGGGCGAAGGCUGCCGCCGCCGCCUCCCCAGCGCCCCGCAACCGCCAACUCCCGCUCGCCAGCCCAGCGCGGGGACCGCGGACUUCCGCCCUCCGCCUUCUCCCCCUCCUCUUCCUCUCAGAGCGGCCGCAGCAAUGGCGGCGCGAUCCGAACCCGCCUUUUCCUCCCGCCCCUCCCUUUUCCUCCUCCCGCCGUGCCCGCCCGCGGGGCCGCCAUCUUAAAGGCGGGCGGGAUGAGGGCGGAAGGGGCCGGGCCGCCGCCGGGAAGGGACGUGGACGGGGCGCAGCCAUGGCGGCGGCGAAGCCCGGUGCCGGCACCAACCUUCUCUUCGCUUCUUCCGCUACGGAAUUCAACUUCACCGUGCCCUUCAUCCCGGUCAGCCAGGCGCCGGCCGCGCCGCCGGGCCCCGCUCUGCUCACGGCGGAUGAUUCUGCAGAUGUUGGCGAAGAGGACAGCUUCUUGGGUCAGACUUCUGCCAGCCCUAAUCCUCCACAGACUUUCAACUAUUUCUCUCAAGUGCCCAGUAGCAGUGACCCAUUUGGAAGCAUUGGGCAGCUGCCCUUAACAUCUUCUGCACCACCUGUUGGAGCAGUAGCCUUCUCCAGGCCUCCAACUUCACUUCCACUUGUGACUGGGUCACAGGAUGGGCAAAAUGCCUUUUCUCCACAGCUUCCCAAGUCACAGUCCUCUUCUGGUCCUCCACCUACUUCACAAGUAGGAAUCACAGGUUAUCAAACUCCUCAACAGUGCUGUCCCCCACUUGCAAAUGCUUCUGCUCUUCCAUCUCAGCAGGGGUAUAACCCUUACCGCCACACCACCCUGAGCAGCAGAGCCAACCCAUACCUUACUCCACCACAACUACAGCAGAGUCAUGCAUCAACCCCACCUGUUCACCCACCAUCCUCUGUCCCACCUGUCCAGAUGUAUCAGACACCUCCAGGGCCAUUGACACAGUUUCCUCAGUCUCAGUCACAACUCCGAGCUCCCAGACCUGCAGGUCCUCUGGUCCAAGCACCUCCUGUUCUGCCACAGAACCAAUAUGAGCCAGUUCAGCCACACUGGUUUUACUGUAAAGAGGUGGAGGACAAGCAAAUAUGGAUGCCAUUCAGCAUUCUGGAUUCUGCAAAACUAGAGGAAGUCUAUAAUUCUGUCCAGCCUGAUCCUGAGAGUGUGGUUCUGAGCACUGACGGCGGACGCUAUGAUGUGUACCUGUAUGACAGAAUGAGGAAGGCUGUUUACUGGGAAGAAGAGCCUUCAGAAGUGAGAAGAUGCAUGUGGUUCUAUAAGGGAGAGAAGGAUAGCCGCUUUAUUCCUUACACUGAGGAUUUUAGUGAUAAGCUAGAGGCAGAAUAUAAAAGGGCUGUAACUACAAAUCAAUGGCAUCGUCGACUUGAAUUCCCAAAUGGGGAGACAAUUGUUAUGCAUAAUCCCAAGGUUAUAGUUCAGUUCCAGCCUUCUGCCACAUCAGAUGAAUGGGGCACCUCUCAAGAUGGUCAGGCAAGACCAAGGGUAGUAAAACGUGGAAUUGAUGAUGACCAUGAUGAAAUACCUGAUGGAGAAAUGGCCCAAGUUGACCAUUUGGUGUUUAUGGUUCAUGGCAUCGGUCCUGUCUGUGACUUGAGAUUUAGAAGCAUUGUUGAAUGUGUUGAUGAUUUUAGAACCGUUUCUCUGAAGUUGCUGCAGACUCACUUUAAGAAAUCUUUAGAGGAAGGUAAAGUGAGCAGGGUGGAGUUCCUUCCAGUUCACUGGCAUAGCUCUCUGCAUGGAGAUGCAACAGGUGUAGACAGGAACAUCAAAAAAAUCACUUUGCCAUCGAUUGGACGCCUGCGCCACUUCACCAACGAAACCCUCCUUGACAUCCUGUUUUACAACAGCCCCACCUACUGUCAGACGAUUGUGGAUAAAGUAGGGAUGGAAAUGAACCGUUUGUAUGCACUUUUCAUGAGUCGCAAUCCAGAUUUCAAAGGAGGAGUCUCUGUGGCUGGACACAGUUUAGGUUCCUUAAUUCUGUUUGACAUAUUAUCUAACCAGAAAGACUUGGCUUCAUCAGUAAAUACUGAACCUUUCUCUGGUGUUAAUGGGACUGAAAAGGAUACGUCUGUUCAAGAUAAACAGAUGACUGAAGAUACCAGUUCCUUGGGCUCCUCAAUUACUACUUCUGGUGAUGACCUCUGUGAGCCUGAAGUAGAUGAUGAUAUUCCUACUUUGCAGAAGACUCUGGAGAUGCUGAGUUUAUCAGAGUAUGCAAACACAUUUGAAAAGGAGCGAAUUGACAUGGAAUCUCUGCUGAUGUGUACAAUUGAUGACCUGAAGGAAAUGGGGAUACCUCUUGGACCAAGAAAGAAAAUAGCCAAUUUUGUAAAAGACAGAGCAGCCAAGCAGGAACAAAAGAAAGCUGCAGCAGAGAAGAAAGCAGCAUUGGCUGCCAUGCUCCAAACACAGGAAGCUCCCCAGAAAGCAAAAGAAACAGUUACUUCUGUCUCACCUUCAGAGUCUGGUCAGCAGCACUCAAAGAGGAAGCUUCCAGUUGGUGCAUCUGUUUCUUCUGUGAAUGUUGACUAUGAGUACUUUGAAGUUGGAACUGGUCAGGUUUCGGUAGUUUACAAUGCACUGGACUUUGAACCAGAUACAUUCUUUGCUCUUGGUUCUCCUAUUGGUGUGUUCCUAACUGUACGAGGACUGGAAAAGAUUGAUGAGAACUACAGGCUUCCUACUUGCAAGGGUUUCUUCAAUAUCUAUCAUCCACUUGAUCCAGUAGCUUACAGGAUAGAACCAAUGAUCAUUGAAGACUUGAGUUUAAAACCAGUUCUUAUUCCACACCACAAAGGCAGAAAAAGACUUCAUCUAGAGUUGAAAGACUCUCUGUCUCGAAUGGGAUCUGAUCUGAAACAGGGUUUUAUCAGCUCUUUGAAGAGUGCAUGGCAGACCCUUAAUGAAUUUGCACGUGCUCAUACAUCUUCAACUCAGCUACAAGCAGAACUGGAGAAAGUUGCUAACCAAAUUAAAGAGGAAGAGGAAAAGCAAGUGGUAGAAGCUGAAAAGAUCACUGAAAGUCCAGACCUUCCAAAAGAUGAGGAUUUUACAGUGAAGGUUGGAAUGCUGAAUGGAGGACGACGCAUCGAUUAUGUUCUACAAGAAAAACCAAUAGAAAGCUUCAAUGAAUACCUUUUUGCUUUACAGAGUCAUUUGUGCUACUGGGAAUCUGAAGACACUGCCUUGCUGUUUCUCAAAGAAAUAUACAGGACUAUGAAUAUCAAUCCUGAGCAGCCACAACAUUGAUGCAUAGAUACAUGAUUUCCAUACCUGUUGGUCUGACAGACCUGGUGAAAGCUGCUUCAAAGGACACCUGCUAUUUGCAUAGUUAGAGCUGACAGGAUAAGUAUCUGAUUUUUCCUGCAGUCCAGAGCGCUCUCGGAUUCUGCCUUCCUGUGUCACUUCAAGCAAACUUGCUUCUGAAAAGAACAGCCCUGUCAUUCAAGAGAUGAAUGGAAUGACACGAUUUUGGUCUCAUAAAUCAGUUAAAUUGUACAGUUGCCAAAUAUAAAGUGAUCACUGAGGAGUUCUCUGGCAUGCAAGUCAUUACUUCUCUCCCUCCUAACUCAGCUGACUGUCAAACAUGCUUUGUCUACUAAGGCAGCACAUCCUUGUUAAAAAGGACUUGUUGAGAAACAGCAAUAAUCUGCUUUUCUUGACGUGUUUAUGGUCCACCUUUUAGUAAUAAAACGUGAACUGUAGUUAUAACCACCUUUAAUACAGAUUACACAAAGCUGUUCCUAUUUACGAAAAACUAGCAACAAGAAUAAUUUUCCUUACUAUUGUAAGUGUUAUGGAGAUUUUAUAAAGAUCUUUUUAAGUUUCUGCUAUGAAUUUGUUUUGGUUUUUUGGUUUUUUUUUUUUAAGUAGAAAUGAAACUUUGAUUUCAAAAAAGUUAGAAGUUUGUUAUGGGUUGUUCAGUGUUCAUACCUCUAGAAAAGAGCAGUUUAAAACUACAUUUUGGUCAAAUGAUUGAUACAGUUUAAUGAAACUAGGCUGCACUUGUGAGAACUGAAAUACUUAACUUGACGUUGCAAUUUAAUCUCUCAAAAUACUUAGUGGAAGUACAGGAAUAUGAAACAUAUGGACAUUAGAUAAUAAUCUAGAUCCAGAUCAGCAGCCCAGUCCAUCUCUUAAUGAAGUUGAGAUGAAUAGGGUUGCAUGAAAUCAUGAGUUUGUGUUUCUGAAUACUGAGCUUCUGUAGCUUUCUUCUAACUUCAACUUACAUGCAAAUUGUGGCUUUUCUUAAUAACUUAACUUUACUACUGACUGUUUGCUUCUGGUAUUGCAAUAAAUGCAUUUUGAAAUGCA